AUGAGCGUUGUUCAUUCUGUAUUCUUGCUAACUUUCGCGAGUGUGCUGCCUGUUAACUGCUUGAGAUCAGCGUCUGUCUUCGAAGGUACUUUUGCUAUUCCAGCGCAGAAUCGAUUCAAUUAUUUCAGUGAUUCCAUUCCUCGCCUACUUCGACGUCGUCCAAUCCGCUCUUUUUCUCAUUCUCACUCUUUUCACUUUGAUUCUCAGUGCAAUCUAUUUUCAAAGAACAAAUCACCCAAACUGGAGCUGAGCAGGCCUACUGUGAGAAUUGUCUUUUGAAUCAUCUGAACAUUUACUUUUCUUUUCAGUUGUUCGAGUAUUACGUGCUGAAAGCUGAUGUUUCCGAUCCGAACACUUCGUUGAUUGGCACAAGUGGAGGAGGAAUUCGGAGCAACGGGACGGCGAUGUCCGAGAAUUCGGGAGUUGAGAAGUCGGACGCGGGAACGAGACGAGUAGAGGGCACCGGGACGGCCGGAGAAGUGUCAACUGGUACACGGGCGAGCAAUCCGGAACGAGUUUUAUUGCAAUGUGAUGAAUAA